GCCAUGUCGCUGAGCCCCAAGCACACGACGCCCUUCUCGGUCACCGACAUCCUCAGCCCGAUGGAGGAGAGCUACAAGAAGUUCGGCGGCAUGGACGGGGCGGGCGGGCUGGGCGCGCCCCUCGGGCCGUACCGCCAGGCGCCCGUGCCCGCCGCCGCCGCCGUCCCGCAGCCCGUCCCCGCCGGGGCGGCCGCCUACCACAUGCCCCACGGCGUCUCGCAGUUCCCGCACGGCGCCGUCGGGGGCUACUGCAACGGCGGGCUGGGCAACGUGGGCGAGCUGCCCGCCUACCCCGAGGGGAUGCGGGGCGGCGCGGCGGCGGGCGGCGGCUGGUACGGGCCCGGCGGCGACCCCCGCUACUCCAGCAUCUCCAGGUUCAUGGGCCCGGCUGCGGGGAUGAACGUGGCCGGCAUGGGCGGCCUGAGCGGCAUCGCCGAGGGCGCCAAGGCCAUCGUGCCGCUGCACGCGGCGCCGCGGAGGAAGAGGAGGGUGCUCUUCUCCCAGGCGCAGGUCUACGAGCUGGAGCGGCGCUUCAAGCAGCAGAAAUACCUGUCGGCUCCGGAGCGGGAGCACCUGGCCAGCCUGAUCCACCUCACCCCCACGCAGGUGAAGAUCUGGUUCCAGAACCACCGCUACAAGAUGAAGCGCCAGGCCAAGGACAAGGCGGCCGCCCAGCAGUUGCACCCCGACGGCGGCGGCGGCGGCGGCGGCCUGUGCCAGCAGCCCUCUCCGCGCCGCGUGGCCGUGCCGGUGCUGGUGAAGGACGGCAAACCCUGCCCGCCGCCGGGCAGCGGCACCCCGGGCCCCGGGCCCGCCGCCCCCGCGGCCCCCGCUGCCGCCGCCGCCGCGCACCCGCACCCCGGCUCGCUGGGGCAGGCGGCAGACCUGGAGGAGCUGUCGCCCAGCCCACCCGCGCUGCACGGCCCCGUGGCCCCCCUGGCCCCCCUGGACUCGGCCGGCGUCGACUACAACGGCGGCAUGGUCAGCCCCAACCUGCUGUACGGCAGGACGUGGUAA